UGUAAACAUUAGAUAUAUCUAUCUAGCUAGCAGCUAAAGCUAGCUAAUGGCUGAACGUGGCAGUGACAAGAGAAAGCUAUCUCCACAGUUGUCAACUCCUACCAGUACUGAAACUAGAUAUAGACUCAAGCAGCAUGAGAAGCUACCCCAGAGUCAAAUCAUUGCUCAACAAUCCAGAGACUCACCUAGGCUCUCUAUGUCGACUAGAUCUACUGGCAUAAAGUCAUCACCAUUACUGAAAUGGAAAUCUAAGGAAGAUGUAGCUCUUGUAAAGUUUAUUCUGUCAACACAUGUCCAUAGUUGGCCUACAAGGUCUGUUGAUAGUUUCUGGGAGUCAGCUGCUCUCUUUGUACACCAGAACAGCCAAGAACCAUUGCGAAGCAGUUUUGCGUGUAGCUCUCGAGUGAGGAAGGUUCUCAGCAAAGACUACACAACACCAAAAGAAGCACAAACAUCCCUCAUGGCGCUCACUUCUAAACUCCCUGCGAGAGUAUCUUCAGAACCACAAGCUCUGAGUAUCUCGUAUGGCCUGCAGGAUAAAGCUGCCAAUACAUCGCGUUCAGCACACAUCAAGAUGGCUAAGUCAGAGGCUAAGUCCGAGCAGUUUGGACUGAGAAGGCCUCCCCUGUCUGUUACCAUAAAAGGCAUCCUAGAGAGGUACCCUGACGGACAAAUUUUCAAGGAAAUGAUCCAGAAUGCCGAUGAUGCUGGAGCUACAACAGUGUGGUUCUAUGUUGACGAGAGACAGCAUAGCACUUCCAACCUCCCUCAUCCUGACUUGGCCAUGUUCCAAGGCCCUGCUCUUGUAGCUGCCAAUAAUGCCUGCUUUACAGAAGAAGACUGGGAAGGAAUACAGAGCUUACAGCAGAGUAUCAAAGCGGAGGACCCCUUCAAAGUUGGAAGGUUUGGGAUUGGAUUCAACUCUGUCUAUCAUCUCACAGACCUCCCAAUGAUUGUAAGUGGAAAUCGCUUAGCUUGUUUUGAACCUCAAGAAAAGGUUUGGAAAGGUGAAGUUGGGCAGGCAUUCAGUUUGGCUAGCCUUAUUGACCAGUCAUCUGAUUUUAUUACUUCACUCCAUGGCUUGGCCGGUUUCGAUAAAAAUUCAGCCCAAUAUCAACAAACUAUUUUUCGACUGCCAUUACGCACAAAAGCAUCCAGUCUCUCGGACAAAAUAUACAACACUCAAAAGCUACAACUACUCCUCGAUGCUCUUAGAGAGGAGGCCAAGUAUUUGCUUCUGUUUUUGAAGUCAGUAUGCAAGAUCCAAGUAGUGCACAUCUCACAGAGUGGUCAGCACAGCAUAUCAUUCUGUGUGGAAAUAAGUCCAGCUAGUUUAGCAUCAGUUACUUCCAAGCGUAAAUUGUUCAUGCAACAACUUCGGCAAGCUCAUUCUGAACAGCCAUACUCGAUUUCCUGUGUAAUUUCGUUCACAGCUACCUUCUCUGUAAUUGUGACUGACAACAGUCAUAGGAAGAACCAAGCUGGCCAGAGCAAUUGGGUGAUAGCUAACAGUGUCGGAUCAGAGGACUCUACAGUACAAGCAGCUGCAGCCAAACAGUGUACAUUUCCUUGGGUCGGCACAGUUUUGGAGCUAGGUACUAGUUCUGUUGGGGGUCGAAUAUUUUGUUUCCUUCCUAUGCCAAUGGAGGCUACGUCUGGACUACCGGUUCAUAUCAACGGAACAUUUGGGCUGAACGACGAAAGACGUACUUUAAAGUGGCCGGGAAUUGAGAGAAGAAACGAUCCUACAGCAAACUGGAACAAGAUUCUUGUUAGUCAGCUCCUCCCACCUUGUUAUGCUAUGCUUCUAGUAGAGGCUAAAAAGUACAUUUCUCAUGAUCAGUUCUACAAUGCCUGGCCUGAUGUGAAUAUUGUAAACAACCAGUUUUCUGAGAUUCUCCAUCCUUUGUUCAGUGAAUUGUUUCAGCAAGCAGUUGUUUGGACUGAGACAAUUGAAGUUGUUGGGAACUGGAUUCUCAUCUCUCAAGCAACCUUUAUCAGUGAAGACAGCAGUCUUCCCUCCAUUGUGAAACAAUUUCUCACCAAUUCUUUUGUGUAUCUAGUUGAAGUCCCUUCAAACAUAUGGAGAGCCAUGUAUCACGCUACAGUUGGUGUCACAGAGGUAUCUCCCAUGUUAGUUCGCUCCAAACUUCGGACUCACUCUGAAAGUUAUUCUAACAUUGACCCAAUUGGCAAGAGGGUAAUGUUGACGUACUGCCUCUCCGACAGUUGCUACAACGAUCUCCAAGGUUUGAAUCUUCUACCCCUAGCAAAUGGUAGCUUCACUAACUUUGAUACGACUUUCAAACAGCAGACAGUUUUCCUUUGCUCAGAUGAUUGUCCACGAUCCCUGCUCCCUAACUUAGACCACUUACUUGUCGACGUAUCAGAUGAUACAAAGCUUCAACAAAGUCUAUAUUCUGUGGCUGCUAGUCAACAGACAAAGCUCCGGCUCCUCACUGAGAGAUAUGUUGCUCAUCUCCUUCCCCAGGCUCUACCCUCAAGUAGAAACAGUCUGGUGUCCAUGCCCCACUUUCAGAUUCCCUCCACUUGGCUUCAAACAUUCUGGAAUUGGCUGCAAGAGAAAAAUCUACACCAUUUUGCUGAGCAGCUUCUAGUUCCUUGCUACAUAUCUACCUCCAGCUCAACAAGAAGCUUUUGCCUUGCUCCCCUUACUCCCCUUAGCAGCGUGCAGGAUGUGAUUUAUGUCCGCAGGUAUUCGUCUUGCUCUAGCGAUUUGCUCUCUGCUAUCUACAAAAUGAACAUCAGAGUUUGCCUACAAAGUGAAUUUAGCUAUAUACAGCACAGCCAACUUACAUCGUACAUGAAGCAGGUAGACGUAAACAACUUGUUAGAUGCCAUAGGAUCAACGUCAAAUUACAAUCGAGUUGCCUUCACAGCACCGGAAGCUGAUAGCAUGAGAAUGUUUCUUGUAUCUAGCACAUAUAUUCCUUCUACAAUGAGAACUAAUGUAUAUACUCCUUCUACAAUGAGAACUAAUGUCUUAAAGAAUAUUUGCAUAUUCUCAUCUGCUUCAAACUCAUCAGAAAAACUUUUUUCUGUGAACACAACAAAAUCGAAAUCAGUAGCAAGACAGGUUAUAGGAGAACCUAACAAAUGUGCUUUCAAUGUUGCAAACCUGCCUUCAAACCUAAUUAUUCUGUCCCGAGAAAACUACUAUCAGCUGCAGCUAUUGAAAUCCCUACGUGUCCCGUUUCUGUCUGAUUUCAAACUUCUUGUCAAUCAUGUGUUUCCGCUCAUUAAAAACAGGACUUUUCCUGACCAUCUCAUUGAUAAGCUAAUGCCGGAAGUGUUGGACAUGUUCCAAGUCCUAAACUCCAGAGAGUACAAUAUGGCCAGUUACCUGCAGAGCUUGCAAUUCGUAAAAACAACUAAUGGACGAAAGAGUCCUUCUGAACUAUUCACUCCUUUUGAUGCUGAUAUUUCGGCUCUGUAUAGCGGAGAAGAUGUAUUCCCUCAGGCUCCUUACAACACGAAAGGAAGAGUUCAAACUUUAAGAACAUGUGGUCUCUGUGUUGCUGUUACCCCACAACAAGUCCUUGACAUUAUUUACUCCGUCAGUUGUUCUUUCAGCUCAAAUCCACAACGUGUUGACAGCUUAAAGCUGAGCCGGGCCAAGGCAGUGCUUAAAUACAUAAGCACACCUACUUUUUAUAACCAAACAGGUGGAAGGUAUGUAGUAGCUAAUAAUCAUUAUCAAAGCUAUACCUUCUCAACUGCUCUCAACUAUCUAGCUACUAGCUGGAGCUGGCUCCCAAUUCUCAGUGAUAAGCCAUCCGGUUAUCCUGGAGAGAUUUCAUGGAAAGGACACGGCCUCAACUCACAUUUUAUCUCUCUGAGCAAUUCAAUGGUUUUAUCACCUUCAACGGAAAACACUAUUCCCUGCCUAGUGGGCUCACAGGUAUACAUUGUGUUCCCUGCAGUUGCCGAUCUAAUUGCCAAUAUGUUACCAGCUGACUCUAACAGUCUCUCACAGAAUGUGGUCGCUCACUAUAAAGAGAUACUCUCGCACAAGGAUCAACUCUCUGCUGAUGUUAUAAACUCACUUGUUCUUCAAGUGUAUGAUUACAUGAAUAGUCGAGGUGUCUCCUAUCUUGCUUCGUUGUACUCAAUUACGGAGUGGAUUUAUAUCAAGAAAGAGAGGAAGUUUAUAGCACCAGAUGUAGUAGCUUUAAAACAAAACUCCACCUUUAAGAGUGAUCUUGAACCGUACAUCUAUGUUUUACCCGACAUUCUGUCUCAAUACUCAACACUGUUUGGCUCAGCUUCUAGAGUUGCAAAAACUGUUCGUCAAGCCCAGAUAGUUUCUGUUCUCAAAAUGAUCAAGGACGAUGUACAAACUAAUGCUAUUGAACAAUCGGAUGCUUGGAGUAUGAUCAUGAACAUUCUAAAUUGGCUCACAAGCAAUGGAAAUAAAAAAGUUCCUGACGAAAUCAUGCCAGAAGAUGUUCUGGUACCAGUAGAAACUGAGUCUAAAUUGCCUCAGCUAGUUCAAGUUUCAGAGGUUGUGUACACGGACAAUGAGCUCCUCAAGGAUUACCUGCAAUCGUCAGAAGAAAAGGACUCAUACCAGUGUGUACAUAACCACAUUUCUGCUAGCAUGGCACAUAAUCUUGGUGCAGUUCCAUUGGCAGAGUUUUUGGAUAUUUCUGAGGACGCAUUUGAAGAUGCUGGUCAACACGAACCACUCACCACUCGAUUGAAGAAUAUCCUCCGAGACUACAAAGACGGACUCACUAUUAUCAAGGAACUACUGCAGAACGCUGAUGAUGCAGAGGCUACGGAAGUGAACAUUUGCUAUGACACUAGGCAGCAUGAAACAAAGAAACUCUUUUUCUCAGGAAUGGCAGAAGCUCAUGGUCCUGCAUUAAUUGUUCAUAACAACAAGAGUUUUUCUGAAGAUGAUUUUACUAACAUCACAAAGCUAGCUGGAGCAACCAAGGCCAACAAAGUGUUAAAGAUAGGCAAGUUUGGAAUCGGUUUUUGCUCAGUGUACCACAUGACAGAUGUACCGUCAUUUGUUAGUCGAGACAAACUAUAUAUCUUUGAUCCAACACUAUCCUACCUAAGAAAAGAGAUAAAGAAUUGUUCUCGGCCAGGCAAGAAAGUUCUCUUCACGAGUAAGUUCAUUGCGAAUUCGUGUCAGCUCUCACCUUAUGAUGGCUUGUUUGGAUUUGAUCGUUCUGAUUACGAAGGGACAAUAUUUAGGCUUCCAUUCAGGACACACCCUAGUGAGCUUAGUUCUACCUGCUAUUCAAAUUUAAUAGUCCAGGACCUAAUAUCUGCCAUUAAGAACAGUAGCUCGACUCUAUUGCUUUUUCUACAGCACGUGAGAACUAUUACAUUCCAAACGAUCAGCCAUGGACAAAGCACGCCAGAGAUUUUGUUGAAGAUCACUCGAGAGCGUAUUGAAGCACCAAUUCAACUCCAUGCUGGUACUGAGAUCAGAGAACUAACUUGUUUCGAUUCUCUCUCUAAUGAAUCAAACAGCUGUCAUUGGCUGGUAUCACAAGAAAGUGAGACUGAUGAUUACUCCCAACAAUACUUCACUGCAUCAGUCUCCUGCCCACUGGGCACUCCUGGUAGCUACAGUGUAGAUGCAAAAUUCCGAGGAGAGAUAUUUUGUUUCCUACCCCUCUCUCAGAAGAUUGGCCUACCAGUGCAUUUAAGUAGCAACUUUGCUGUGAUCAAUAAUCGCAGGGGGAUCUGGACCUCAGACGAAGCCACCUCACUUACAGACAGAGAAGUCACUUGGAAUGUUUCACUAAUGCAAGGGGUAAUUCCAAGAGCUUACUUUGCACAUUUGCUAGCUCUGAAGGACUUAAUGAAUAAUGGAGAUAUAGCCAAAUAUGUAUUUCAUUGUUUAUGGCCAGAUAAAGACAUGCUAACUCAGCGCAAUCCUUGGGAGCAUAUGAUGGACACACUCUACUCAUUGAUGUCUGAGGAACAAGUCUUCUAUUCUGCAUGCGAUAAUCAAUGGCUGUAUUUGACUGACAGUAAAUUCCUUGAACCCAAAAUUCUCUGUCUUUCAACAGACUCAUCUACUCCUAUGUGUGUAUUGAAAAUUUUUGAGCAUCUAAAAGUUCCUGUAGUGGAUCUACCGCAAAACUAUCACAUAUUUUUCGAUCUUGAUGAUUACACUGUGGGUGAGAAAGAAUUUAUCGACCUUUUCUUUCAAAGCAUUGACAGUCUAGCAUCCAUCUUUACUGAGAGGAAUAAAGCCAUCCAGUACAUGUUAGAGCAGUACAUGGCAAACAUUGAUAGACCAGGUGGUAGUAACUUAGGAUAUUUCUUUAAGACUUUCCCAUCGAUUCCGUGCUGCCCACAUGGAGAGAUUUUGCGUAAGUGCAAUGAGAUUAUCGAUCCAAAAUCCAAGUUUUCUGAUCUAUUUGACGAAUCUGACGCUCUUUUUCCUGUGGAUAUGCUCGUUCAGAGAGAACUAUCUUCUGCAGGUCUAAAGAAUCUCGGAAUGCUUAACAAUAUUCUCCCAUGGAACAUGCUUUUGGAACGUGCAACUUCUGUGCCAACACUGUACCAGAGCAGUCCAAUGAGAGCAAUGAAAAGAGCCCAUUUAGUCAUUUCUGCAAGUACAGCUUCUACAGAAGGUAACAUUAGUCUAUCUAAGAUCCCCUUUCUUCCUGUGCUAACUAAGCCACCUGACUACUUUCUUCCAUGGAAAGAGACUGGACAGCAUGAACUUAUGUGCGGUGAAGAUCUUAUGAUUCCGUUUAUUACACCCUCAGAUAACAUCAAUGUGGAGGUGUCAGGGUCACAAGCGAUAUUUGUAAACAAUUCCUCCGUAGAGGAUGGUGGAUGUGGACCAAUAGAUGAAGAUGCUAUUCAGCUGCUAGGAAUAAGAAGUGCUCCAACCUUUGAGGAGGUUGUCUUGCAGCUCAAGAAAUUGAUUGAACUGUUUUCAUUACAAGAAUGUACAACGAAACUAAUUCAACUGACAGAUAAAAUGUGCCGUAGAAUAUAUGAGUUCUUUAAUAGUAUCCUGGCUAACGCUGAUAACACUGAUGUUCAGAGCUUACGAGAGCUGGCAUGCAUUUGGACGGGAAAACAAUUCAUCACGAUUAGUGUUGUUGCUACAAAAUGGAGUUUGAAUGGACCCUAUCUAUACCCUCUACCGGCUAGCCUCUCAUUUCAUACAUAUCUCACCAAGCAUUUGAAUAUAAAAGAGGAAUUCACUAUGUCAGAUAUUCAGAUCGCUCUUGCUAAAAUGAAGGAGCAAUUUGGCAGUGAGCCAAUCAGUGAGGAAUGUCAGAAUGUGUUCAAUCAACUGCUUCCCCUGUUUGUAAGCAGUGAUGUUCCUAAGGAUACAUCAAUCAUGCUUCCUGACGAGAACUACGUCCUGCAUCCUGCUAGCGAAUUGUCCUUCAAUGAUGCACAGUGGGCCCCAAAGGAGACUAAGUACACUUAUGUGCACGGGAAUUUAGCAAGAGAUGUAGCUACAAAAUUCGGGGUGGUACCUAUUAGAACACAAUUUCUUGAAAGAUUUUCUACAACUGCCAAAACACAUUUCAAUGGCACUCCUUUUGGUCAGCACGAGGAACUUACACGCAGGAUCCAAAACAUUUUAAAAGGUUAUCCUCUUGAUAUCACAGUCCUGAAAGAGCUGCUACAGAAUGCGGAUGACUCAGGGGCAACUAAAAUGUAUGUUAUUUUGGAUAAAAGGACUCAUGGUACAAAAGGUAUCUUUUCAGAAAACUGGGGCAAUCUUCAGGGACCAGCUCUUUUGGUUUGGAAUGAUAGUGAAUUUUCAGAGAAGGACCUAGAAGGUAUCCAGCAACUUGGCCUAGGUAGCAAGAGAUCUGAUGAUGAGACGAUUGGUCAGUAUGGCAUCGGUUUCAAUGUAGUUUACCAUCUCACUGAUUGUCCAAGUUUUAUCACUGGAGGAGAAACCAUGUGUGUACUGGAUCCACACUGCCACUAUGUUCCAGGAGCAACUGCAAGUGAUCCUGGAAGAAGGUUUGACAAUUUGGUUAAGGAUGGGUUCUGGGACACAUUCAAGGAUAUGAAGAGUGCUUACCUCCAGAGUAGGUUGGAAAAUUGCCCGCCAGAGCUGCAAGAAGGUGGAUCUUUGUUUCGUUUUCCUCUCAGACACACUCCUAAGCUGGUAGCAAUGUCAAAGAUCCUAAAAAAGGAUACAUUCGCUAACCCAAAACCUCUAAAAGCAGACGAUAUGCAUUCUUAUCUCAAAGACUGGGCUCCUGGCAUGAAAGAAGCUAUGCUCUUCCUCAACCACAUUACAGAACUUCGCUUUUUUGUCAUAGAAAAAAAAUCUCACACAAUAAUCACAUUGAGCAACUAUCGCACAACGGUAAAUCAAUGUGCCCAAGUCUCUCGUGUUCAGCUCCAUAAUGCACUCUCAGCCUUUAAACAAGAUAGUUGCACCCAACCCACAGUGGUACGCUAUCCUAUUACCAUCUCCACAGUCACACACAAGAGGGGAGGGGCUGAGCAACACGUCAAAGAGAAUUGGCUGAUACAACAAGGCGUUGGAGAUAUUGAAAAUGAACAUCAAACAUGGAAAUACAUUAGUAACAUAAAGCCACGACAUGGUAUUGCAGCUCCUAUUUGUGAGGCAAUAAACCCGGGGAAAAUGUCAAUCUCUGGAAAAGUAUUCUGUUUUCUCCCUUUGCCAGUGGAUUCAAAUCUACCCGUGCAUAUCAAUGGGCACUUUGUCCUCGAUUCCAAUCGCAGAGACUUGUGGCACUCAACAGAUUCCUGUCAUGAAGAUGACAGAGCAGCAUGGAACAGAAAAAUCUUUGAAGCCAUAGCCUCAUCUUAUGCUAACCUUCUUGAGAAUGCUCAGCAGUACUACGUAACAAAAGCUGUCUUUAAAUCAAUUCAUGAUGCUCUUGAUUCUCUCAACAAUUACUACAGUAUAUUCCCUCACCCUUCCUCUGAUAAGUUGGGAAAACGUUACCUAUUGUUAGCGGAGAGUGUGUAUACCAAGUUUGUUAUUCAUAACUCCUCUGUACUGUCUGUUGUGUACAAUUCUGAGACCGCUGAAACCAAGGCAGUGAAAAUUAAUUGGUGUCCUAUCAAAAGUGAGUUAUCUUCCACCCAAGUUUACUUUUGGUCACCUACUUCAUAUGUGGAGGGGGUACCAGAUUAUGAGAGGAAGUUCAUUAGGCCUUUACUUGAAGCCAUUGACAUGCAGCUUACUGCAGCACCAUCAAGGCUGCAACGUCAUCUAAACAAGGCUAUCGAUGAUAAGGCAGCAAAAUUACAAGGAACCAACCCUAGCUCAGUUUAUGCUUACUACCAGAAGUUUAACGUACAAGCAAUCACAACUGAAACAGGUGCAUUCCCCUGUGCUAUUGACUGUACUAUCUUCAAACGAGCAGAAGUAUUCAGACGGUUCACAGACUAUUUGCUUCAGGCACCAAAAGAAAAAGACACGGAGAUAACUGGAUGGGUAUUUACAGAUAACAAUCCUUAUGGGUAUCCUCUUCUUCUUACAGCUGAUAGUAUUCUUAGAAACUUUGAAAAGCAUGAAAAGGUGCUAAGAUCAGAAUUUUCUGGUUUGUUUGAAACGAUGCGGCACCUGUUCAUACACCCAAAACUACUUAAAGCUAAUUAUAACAUUGAAUAUUUUGCUGAAAACUCAGACUAUGAACAGCUCGUCAGCACAAUUUUAGCUUCUGAGCUUCCACCUGAACUACAAGCAUCUAGAGUACAAGAUUUUGAUCGAUACAUGUCUGAAAAUCGGUUAAAAGAACUGUGGAAAUGUUUUUCUGGCGAUGUUGCGUUCAGAUCAAAACUGGACUUAGUGUUAAAACGAUGGGCAUUAAUCCCAACCAAUGAAGGCCACCUAUAUUCAAUCUCAAGCAAGGUACUUCCUGUGUAUCCACUAUCAGUAGCGUCAGAUGAGAGCGAAAAACCAGCCAUCACUCCAGCUGAAGAGUCUGAACUAUACCAUGUACUUUCUACCCUUCAAAUGCCCUUCAUUGCACUACCAUUGGGUGUUUCUCUUCCAUGUCCUCACUUAAAAAACCGUAAUGCUGUCCUCAAAAACUUGUACUGUCUUAGCCAGGAAGUAUCCUUAUCAAAACUACUCACCAAAGAAAUUGUGAAAGUCAUAUUUGACUUCGCUAAAACAGUUGACUUCAGAAGUGAUACAGAUAGUCUCAAUUACAUCAAGUCCCUUCCUUUAUUUGAGAACGUUAAUGGAGGAUUCAGUACUGUUCAAGGAAAAACAGUGUUUAAGUGGAACACGUCUGCUAAUACCGCCGGGUACAAAAAGUGGAUUAAACACUGUGAUGUCAUAUUUCUUCAUUGUUCUGGUGCAUGGACUGCUAUUGGCUCAGAACAGUUGAAAAUCAACAGCAUUACUGGUGAAGGAAUUUAUUCACAGUAUAUAUUUAAAUUCUUUGAUUCUUUGAAUGAAGCAGAGCGGUAUGAACACCUCAAGCACAUCAGGGAUGUUCUCUUCCGAACAAACAAAGCAAACUCUCAAGAACAUAUGUACAAGAGAAAAGAAACCAGGCAGUGUUAUUUUACAGCAAGAACAUUUAUUAAUUUGUUGGAAGACCUUCCGUGUAUCAGUGAAGGUGAUGAACCAUUGAGACCAGUUAGAGAUUUUUGUGAUCAUACUUUACCAAUCUUCACAGCUUUUCGAAAGACCUACAGAUUUCUUCCAGCAUUAUUUACUGGCAAUCUCAAGGUGUGGAUAAGAUGGAAGCACUUUUUUAAACAGCUACAUCUUAGACAAACCCUCACAAAAAAAGAGUUUGUCUCUCUGUGUCAAUUCACUGCUGAGAGCCAUGGCAAUCCGACAAUUGCAUCUCAAGUGUUACUUGAGCAUUUCUUUUCUGUUGAGGUUGCAGAUGCAGAGAAGGGCUGGACUAACGACCUUCAUUUCAAUAAGCAAGUAUCAAAUAUUGCCUUCAUACCAGCUCAGCAGUUACCACAACUGAGCUGGAUCAAAUCGCCUUUCCGGUUUGCUAAUCCCGGUCGACGUAUUGAGGAAUUAACAAAAAUGAAUGGUGCAGCUAUGCUUACAGGUCAUGAACAGUGCUUAUGGACGAUCAUGCCCAUUGUGUCAUUGCCAAUCCACUACUUGUCAGAGCAAAAAAAGACCCAAUUAGGUAUCACAAUUGAACCUACCAUAGAACAGGUUGUGAACAAUCUCAAGAAUAUAUCUUCAAUGGCAAAGUUCACAGAUUUGAAACUUUUUGAUAACUAUCCUCCUUCAAACAAACCACCACCUGAAGAUGGUACUACAACAUUAAUGGAAGUAAUUAAGUGCCACUUCACAUUCUUGCAAAACAACUUGUCUUCGCUGUCAACACAUUAUUCAAUGCAGUUAAAGAACAUCCCGUGCAUCCCUGUUCCCAGUACUGCUAAUAAGGAUAACACACAAAGUUGGCAGGUUGUACUAGUGAAACCUUGCUAUGUCCUCAGCUGUACCGUUCAAGGUCUCCACCCAUUCCUGCAUUCUGCUCCUAGUGAGCUCAACCCAGCAUUCUUGGGCCUCUUACAGAGCAUUGGAGUUUGUAGUAGUAUGGGUAUCAAACAUUGCCAACUUGUUCUAGAGACAGCCUACAAGCAAUCACAAGGGCAGAAACUCGAUGAAAAUACAAAAGCAUGUGUUGUUCAGGCACUGAAAUGUCUCCAUAAGUUUUUAAAAGAGUCAGAUCACACACAAAAAAUUUCACCUCUGUAUCUUCCAUCAAAUGAAGGCACAUUGAUACUUUCCACAGAAUUGUUGUAUGCAGACACAGCAAGUCUUUCUGGUCAUGCUUUGAAGACAAAUUUAGAUAACACAGGGUAUUCCCUAAUCAACCUGACCCCUUUGGUUAAGUAUGGUUUCUCAGAAAGCCAAUUCUGUGAAUUGCUUCCAAAACUAGUAAGACCCAAAGGUAUGUCUGAAUUAUGUGAACAAAAAAUUAUCCAAGAAUUCAAACACCCCAUAGAACCUAAUGAAGUGCACAAGAAAGUGGAGAGAACACUAUGUAUGAAGAUCGAGCUGCCAAGAGUAAUAAAUGCUGUUGUGAAUGCAGCAACAGAUACGGUCAAGGAUUUUGUUGAUGUUUUCACAGAAUUUGUAGCAAGUAUUGAUGUAGUCACAGUUAAGCGGGUGCAGACUCUCAUUACUUUCAGAGAGACUGGUGCACAACUUGGACAACAAAAUUUAUCUUUCUAUUUACAGCAUGAGCAGAAGGAUUCUAAUGAGCGACUGUGCUUGUACCUUGAUUCCAACAUUGAUCCAGAUAGUGGUGUUGAUGACAUUGUUAGAGCACUUUCCAAGAAGCUAAUUAAAAUCAUUAAACACCUUGACCCGAAAGUGAAUGAUUUUUCUUCCUCAGAGAUGGCCAGGAUCUUUACUUCGCUUUUGAGGCUUCAAAAUCCUGCUCAAUUGCACAGUGUUCUCAAGCAAGAGGUUAUUCCAUACACUGCCACAGAUAGUGAAAUUCGAAUCAAAAAACUUUCUGUCGAACUUGGCAAGGAAAUUCCAACAGAGUGGCACCAUCGACUAGACCAAGCUAUUGACAAUGUGUUUCAUCCUGGAGAGCUUGUCGGCUAUGAAGAUAGUGACGAUCACAUCAUAUUUGCACGAAUAAUGCACCCUCUACUUCCUAAAGAAGGAAAUCUUGAUUCUGUACAUCGUAUGGACAUGAGAUACAGAAUCUACACAAGCCCAACGGAUGAUGAAGGAAUUGAAGUGGGAAUUCUUGAGCUGUACAAGUUUGUAAGGGGGCUGAAAUUUCCCAAAAAAGUUAACGAAGCUGAGAAAGAUACCGUAACGUUCGAAGGAGAAACUAAACAAACUCUAUUGCACACAAUUCUCCAAGAGAAAGAUUUGGAAGAAGUUAUCAGUGAUCUUAAAAAGCAAUUGGAUGAUAUUUGGAGGCUGUUAGAGGAGGAUCGGCGAAAGGCUAUCAAGCGUCUGUACCUCAAGUGGCAUCCAGACAAGAAUUCUGACAACCAAGAUUUUGCUGAAAAGGUAUUCAAAUUUCUCAAUUCUGAAAUUGAGGCGCGGAGUACUGGAAGGUUUCAUAGAGAUGAUCUUAAUGAGACUGCUAGAAGGCACAGAAACAAUUUCUUCAGAGAACACCACGCACACACACAGUACGAGUACUCCUCAUCCAGUAGCAAUGCACGUGGAGCAAGUGAUUCCUCAUUUUCGAGGGGUAGGGAAUUUGGAAGUUCUGGAUGGGGGACGUCACCACAGCACGAGUCUGAUCCAUUUGGUGAGGAGAAUGUACAACCUCAGCCUAAGCCUGAUGAAGGAAAACGUUGGCUCAAACAAGCUGAAGCUAAUUUUGAUUCGCUUCGGACACUGUUCGACAAUGCAAGAAACAAUUCUCAAUUGUGUGGAGAUGUAUGCUUUAAUGCUCACCAAGUAGCAGAGAAAGCUCUCAAAGGAGGCAAGUACUUUGUAUGUGGGUUAGACGAUAACGCUCUUACUACCCACAAUAUCAGCACUCAUGCACAUGGGCUACAGUCUGAACGUCCUGGAGAGACGCAUGGAUUAGUCAAUCACACAACUCCCUUGGAGAGCUACUACCUUAAACCAAGAUACCCCAAUCGCUGGCCAUCCGGCAUUGUGCCAGCUGAUAUGUACAACUAUGAGCAGGCCAAGCAAGCCAAGGAUCAUGCCGAGGCUAUACUGAGAAUUAUCAAGAACAUUAUAGAUUGAGUGUAGAGAAUCAGCUAGAGGAUUAUAGUAUAAUUAUUUUAGCAUAACUUAAUUAUAUAUAUAAUUAUAUACCUAGAUCUACGGCCAUGCAUUACAGUGACUGCAAGUAUAUAGUUUAUCCAUAAUUAUGUAAAUAUUAAUGGGCCCAGUGGGAAAAGGUGAUAUGCUUUAGAGAUAGUACCAUAGCUGUACUCUUUGAUACAACUACAAGCGCUGCAUGUGCCAAAAAAAUUGUGUCACAAGCGCUAAUUUAAUUAUGCAUUCCAACAAUAAACAUGGAAUGGGUUAGUUACGAACACGUGCUUGGCGCUCAUUACUUUAAACCCCCCUGAUCAGUGUACAUGCAUGUAUACUCUAGAUCUAUAUAUGAAUUGGAUUCUCGGGUAAGAUAUAAUUGUAUCACCAUUAAUUUUAAUAACAAUCAUAACUUAAGUCACAACUGCAUGUAUCACCAUGCACUGACAUAAAUUGGGUUCUGUCAUGCUAAAAAUCAAUAAUGGUCGCAUGCAAUCAAUUAAGCCUUUAACUGCAAUUUGUUCACAACUUACAUUAAUUAUAGUUCAUACAGUCAUAUUACUUAUUUCCACCGAGCCCUCUAGAUUAGUAAGGGCAAAUGAUUAUUUACACCAUCAUAGCUGGUACAGCUCCCUGCCCCACCCACUGAGUCCCAUGUCUCAUGGAAUGAUGACAGAUCUGAUACACAACCCAUGCAAUAUUGCCACCUAUAUACAACCCUGUCUGUAAAUGCUAACUUGUACUGCACUGCAUGGUGAGUCUGAUAAGUAAUAAUUAUGUUGUUGAGAACUUUAGUAUAGCGAGUGCAUUUAGCAGAAUUAAGAAAUGUUUGUUUCCCCAGUUAAGGAAAAUUUUCCAGCAGCAUACAUUACAGUACAACUACCGCCCCCAGAGCCAAGGGCUCCACUGCUUUCUAUGUCUGUAUUGUCAUGAUUCGCACUCUAGCAUGCAUAAAUAUGUUGCCAGAGUGAGUGCUAUAAUGAUACGGACAAUUUGGCCAUUUUGAACCGAAUUGAAUUGGCGGUUGAAAACUCGCCGAAUCCCCAAAUUACUGCAUGUACAUAAUAAUUAUAAUCUUCUUGGUUAUUGAUACGCUUUCUCUCCCUCAUGCUGGUCUGUCUGCUGAGUCGUAUCCAGUAACCGCAUUGUGUGUCAAGAGGUGGAGCCCGUCACUACUACCUGCAGCCACAUUAACAUUUGUAAGAUGUAUCUGCAUUGUUCCCGAGGUGGAUCCAAUGUGUAGUACAGGUGUUGGUUACAUAAAUGCUCUGAGAGUGAGGUGCAAUAAUCUGGAGAAUGGCUGCAAAUGGGACGGAGGAGUGUUAGGCACGCUAAGUAUGCAUUUAAACACAUGCGACUACGCUCUAACAGAUUGUGACAACGUAUGUACAAAGAACGGCAGUAGGGUAAAACUUUAUAGAAAGGAUAAACAAGACCACCUCACUAACCACUGCCCGAGACGCCAGUACCGGUGUCCACACUGCGAGGAAAUGGGGGAACACCAGGAGAGGACCAGCACCCACCUCAAGACUUGCCAACAAUUUAGUGUGCCCUGCCCCAAUGCCGGAAUUUACAAGUGUAGAGCUAGUAUUCCACGUUAUCAAGUCCUCGCCCAUAGAUCCACCUGCCAGUAUGAGUGUGUGCCCUGUAAGUACGCUGAGGUUGGGUGUAAAGAGAAACCUCAACGCAAAGACCUCAGGAAACACGAGGAAAACGAUCAGCUUCACCUGAGAGCCACAAUUGCCAAAGUUCUGGAGUUGACACAGCAACUAAAUGAAAAUGUGGAGCAAUUAACAUUUAGAAUGGAUGAUUUCCCACAGCACAAAAAUGGCAGAACUACAUUCUAUAGUGGUUUACUCUGCACAUCUCACAAAGGAUAUAAAUUUCUGAUUCGUGUUCAUGCAGGUGGAUUUGGCUCUGGAGAAGGCACCCACAUUUCCAUCUACGCCUGCCUAAUGAAAGGAGAUCACGACGAUGCCCUUGUAUGGCCAUUUCUAGGAAAAGUCACUUUCGAGUUGCUUAAUCAGAUGGAAGACAAGAACCAUCACAAAGCAAAUAUACAAUUCCUUAACAAUGAGUCAAGUCAGAGAGUGGUGGAAACUAAAUGGGGUGAUAUUGGAUGGGGCAAAGCAAAGUUCAUUGCACACGCAGACCUCAUAUACAAUCCCGACAAGAAUUAUCAGUACCUGAAAGACGAUGCUGUAAUAUUUCGAGUUUCAGUGUUACCACCAAACUACAAGCCAUGGCUACAGUGUAACCAUGCGUGAGUAACACAAAACAAUGACUAUGGUGUUGUUUAAUUUGUUUGUUGUUAAUUUAAAUGUACAUACGCUUAAUAGUCUAUAUGCAAUGUAACAGUG